UAAUUAGCAGGACGAUGAUGGAAGGUAUCUCUCUGGGUUUCUAAAUGUUGGCUAUUUUUAUUAUUAUUAUUUUAAAAUCGUCCUUGGCAUUCUAAGCCUUAACCUGGGAAAGCCAGGCUCCCCAAAUUGGCGUACUCGACUUGACUGAGUUUCUCCACUCUUAUCCACUGCUGCGGAACCCUGGGGAUGCGGCAGAGCACUUUCAGACCCCAGAAUUCUAGGAUCCGGGAGGUUCCAAACGAGAGGAGUCCAGGUGAGAAGAAAGGAAGAAAAGUAGUAAAGAAGAAGGAGGUAAAUGGGAGGGGGGGGAGAUUUUUUUUAAGUUUUGUAUUUUCUUCUUAACCAAUAGCAGCCAUCGGUCUGAGUCCCCUCCCCGGGAUAUUAUUGGCCAGUUGCAUACUAUAAAAACAGGUUAGCAGGCGUAGGACAGACGAAACCGGGAACGUGCAUCCAAAAGGUGGUUUGUUAGUUAUUUUCCUAGCUUUGCGCUUCACUCCGAAGUCGCCGCCCUCCUUGCGGGUUCUUCUUUCGUGAGGCCCCCUUUUAUCCAACACCAUGGCUCUGGACCCAGCUAAGCCCAAGUCCUGCGUGCGACUGGUUUUCUUUGGCGCGGCUGGCGUGGGCAAGACUGCGCUGAUCCAGCGCUUCCUGGCAGACACUUUUGAAGCUCAGCACAAGCGCACCGUGGAGGAACUUUAUUGCUUGGAGUAUGAGCUGGACACACAACAGGUGCGCCUGGAGAUCAUGGACACGAGCGGCAGCUAUUCGUUCCCGGCCAUGAGGAAGCUGGGCAUCCGCCGCGGGGACGCUUUUGCCCUUGUCUACUCGCUGCAGGAGCCCGAGUCCUUCCAGGAGGUGCGGCGGCUGCGCGCGGAGAUCCUUGAGACCAAAGGGGAGGCUCCCAGCCCGCCACCUAUCGUGGUAGUGGGCAACAAAAGCGACCUGGCGCCCAGUGGGAGCUUCCCUAACGCUGUGAUUGCCGCCGUGGAGCUCGAGUGGGGUGGCAUCUACCUCGAGGCGUCUGCCAAGCGUGGAGAGAAUGUGCUGAGUCUCUUCCAGGAGCUCCUACAGCUCGUACACCUGCCUAGCCGCCUCAGCCCAGCACUGCGCCGUCGCCGCCAGACCUUCCCUGGAGGACCACCUGAUGAAGCGGUGGGGACUGUCUCCACCCGCCGAGCCGGGACGCGCAAGCGCCACAGUUGCGCAGUGUCUUAGCACUUGAGAUUCCUUUUUCUGUGAGCGUCCCGAACCUAGCUGGGGAAGAAAAAAAAAAAAAAGCACCCUCCCGGCUUAGUGCGCAUUCCGUUUUUUGUUUUGUUUUUUUUUCCAGUUCUCCCCCGCCUCUUUGGUUCAAAAUCCCACCCUGGUAGAAGCUGCUGCGGGUAUCCUGCCACUACUGACUCGCCUCUCCCCGUAAGGGGCGCAGCUGAGCUGUUUCCUGGGGGAGGGGGUCCCCCCAUAAAACUGGGUCCCGGGUUUGGCUCAUCCCGGGUAUGGUUAAGGCAGUGCAGAGGUUGGGUACAGUGUGCCAAGGUUUCCGUUCCAGGAUGGGCGGGAUGAAGAUGAGGUGCCAUGUGUGCAUAACCACAAAGUACUGCAGCUGCUGAUCAGCCCUGAAGUGUAGGCUCAGCUCCGGUAGUGGGUGCUGCUGGACUGUUGUGUUGGACGCUGGUCCCACUGAAGGCUUUGGAGCUGUACUCCAGUCUGAGUCAAGUAGCAGUAAAAACUCAAAAUGUCUUCUUUUUGUUUAUAUUGGGGACACUUUGAGGGAGUCUGGAUUAGAAGAUUCCUUUCUGCUCCAAAUGCUAUCGCCCUAUAAUAAUAAGAGAAGCUCUUUUCUUGGCUAAUCAGUGAAAAGUGCCUGGCAAGCUGUCAAAGACAGACUCCUGUUGCAAGGUGUACCUUGACGUCUGCGGAAGGGGGCAUGUUAGCUUCACGGACCCCCAUUAAGAGGUGUUUUCUUCUACUCCACAUGCCCUCCAUAUAGCACUUAACCCUUGCUGCCCAGGUGCUUCCAAAGCAUUCUCAUUUGUCUUAGCGUCCUGAGUAGGUUGUAAAACCCUUCAAGGGCAAGGAUUGUUCGCAUAGUACAUACAUAUGUAUACCUAGUUGUCUAGUAUAGAUUUGGUUUGUCCAAUUCAAAACUGGGUUCCUGAAGUCGGCAGUGAAUAUUUGUAAUUAAAUUUCUUAUUGACUACAGUAUAUGAGUUUCCUCCUUCAGUUACAGUUUGAUUAUAUAGCUAAAGUUUACUAUGUGCUUCUCACACAUUACCUUAUUCAGAUCCUCACAACAACACUGUGGGGUAAGUUUAUCAUCUUCAUUUUACAAUUGAGGAAAGAGACUCAUCGCCAGGGACAUGCAGCUGGUUAGUUUCUGAGAUGAGGUUUGAACUGUGCUCUUCCUGACUGAGGGCAGUGCUUUAUUUACUGAAGAAAAAUCAUUGUAUAUGAGGGUGUCCCUGGAUUGGGAAAUGGCUGAAUUGUGGUAUAUAAUGGUGAUGGAAUAUUAUUGUACUGUAAGGAAUGACGAAAUGGAGGGUUUCUAUAUGAACUGAAAAGACCUCCAUGAACUGAUGCAGAGUGAAAUGAGCAGAACCAGGAGAACAUUGUACACAGAAAGUGAAACAUUGUAGAUCCAUCAAAUGUAAUUGACUUUGCUACUGGCAGCAAUGCAAUGAUCCAGGACAAUCCUGGAGGGACUUACAAGAAAGAACACUAUCCACAUCUAGAGAAAGAACUGUGGGAAUAGCAAGAGCAGAAAGAAAAGCAUAUGAUUGAUCACUUGUUUAUAUGAGCAUAUGAUCUGGGGUUUGGGUUUUAAAAGAUUACUCUUACAAAAAUGAAUAACAUAGAUAUAAAUAUCAAGUGGCACAUAUAUAAGUGCAAUUGCUUGUCAACUCCAGGAGGGAGGAGGGAAAAAGGGUAGGAGACAACAUGAAUCAUGCAACCAUGGAAAAAUAUUUAAAACAUUUUUUUAAAUCAUUGUAAUAGCCUAGCUGGAUCCCUUAUUUCAUUUGAUCUUCACAAAUGCUCCAUAAAGCAAACAGUGUAAGG